UAGUUAUGAGGCAAAAUGAGUAAACCCGUGAAAAGAGAAGUAUCGGCGGAGGAAAACUGCCUUCAGGGUGGUGCUAGGGUAGACGAUGGAUUGGAAGCACGAUAUGAAUGUCCCAUCUGCUACUGCUGGCUAAAUGAGCCAAUUCUGACAAAAUGCGGACAUCGGUUUUGCCGAAAAUGCAUCACUGAUUGGUUGAAUGAGAAAAAAUCCAGCUGCCCGUUGGACAACGAACCGCUGGACAUUAAGAGUGACAUCUUUCCGGAUAAUUGCACUCGUAGGGAGAUAUCGCAGAUCAAAAAACCCUGCCCGAACUCGAUACGAGGUUGCGCGGACCAAUUUUCACCCACCGAAAUCGACACCCACCUGCACCAAUGCCCGUUUGCAAUGUCCCGUCAAAGCCAACCGUGUCCGUUUGCACGCGUAAAAUGCGCAUUCGUCGCUCAGGAUGAUGCUACGCUGAAUGCGCACAUUACUUCUGACUGUCAGAAGCAUUUGCAACUACUGCUGGACACAUACACGGGAUGCCACGAACGGUAUAAAUUUUGGGAUCCACCGGCCAAGAAUAGCGUGCCAGAAAUGAGUACGAACGAUCUUGUGAGGUCGAUGUACGAGCGUAUCGUUAUACUCGAGCAAGAGGUGCAUAUUCUCGGCAUCAAACUGUCCAAGCAGGAGUUGCAGCUGGCCAAGGUGAACCAGUCUGUUGACCCACGGUAUAGCGGUGGAGUACUGCUGUGGAAACUGGAUGAUUUCUCGAACAAAAUGGACUCGAUGCUAACGAACAGCAACUGCAUGUUUUACAGCGGCGAAGCGUACACCUCACCGCAUGGGUACAAGUUUUGCGCUCGCAUCAAUGUAUCACCACGCACUAAAGACUCAAUCGGGUUGCACGUGCACCUGAUGCAAUCGGAGAACGAUUAUCACCUCGAGUGGCCAUUCAAAGGACGCAUCAAAAUAACGCUGCUCAACGUGCGCUCUCCCGAGUUGUCACAGCACGACACGAUUAUGUCCAAACCCGAAAUUCUUGCGUUUCAUCGCCCGAACCAAGAAAUAAGCCCCCGUGGUUUCGGGUUUUUGGAGUUUGCAAAAAUCAAAGAUAUAUUGGCUAAAUUUGCCGACAAUAAUAUGGUGGUAAUCAAGAUACAGAUGAACAUUGUGUAACCACGAUUCCGAGGUAAAUGAAGAAGACCUGCCCGUUCGUCUUAGGGUAGGUUUAACCGCCUUCUUCACCAGCUGGCUGAUAACAAACCCCAUUCCGAACUGAUUCCCUAGCGGAUCCAUUGCAGUCCGUUUUUAUAUAGUGAUUUCUUAAGAUGCAUGUCGGUAUAUUUGUGUAUUUUUGUCUUAGAACAUAGUUGCUUGGCGCAUAGGUCUAACCGCUAUUAUAGGCCGUGCGUAGGUUAAAUUUUUGUACACGGCAUUAUGUGAGUAUUAGCAAUUCAAGUAUUAAAGUAGUUUAAAUAAUCGUGCCAAACAAUAAUCGUCUUUUACCGGAAAAGUCCAUAACUGUGGACAAGAAUCUCGUUGAACAAUUGCUGUAUAAUACAUCAAUAUGUUUUGUAUCAAUUCAUAACAGUACUCUUUGCUUCAGUUCAUUCCUACACGCACAAGAAAUACCGUAACGAAUAUAAUCAUGAGAUGGAAACGGAAAUAUAUACAGUAGAUCUAAAUGCUUUUUUGUUGACAAAUUUAGAUGUUAUAUACAAGAAUACAGGAAUUU